CAUCGGUCAUGAACCCGACAUAGCUUGAAUCAUAGUUCGUCUGGUACAUCAAACGCCUGAAAUGGAAGCCACAACCGGAUUCACAUUCUACUCAUAUCUGUCACAGAAGGAAAUUGACUCCAUUACUUUAGCUGUGGCACAACAGAAGGAAACCCAGUUUCACCAAAACAACAGACUCCACAAGCAAGAAGCUCAAGUUCAUCAGAGAAAAGCUGUAGCAAAUGGUGGACUGGUUAGCACUUUACCAGUAAUGUUACUGUCCCUGGGAACAUCAAUCAACAAUGCUGGGCCUGCAAGUAAGAAUCGGUAAUGAAAUUCAAC